AGGCCUAUCUGGUAAAGGAAAAGGUCCUUGAUGUUACAGAAAACAUUUAACUGAUUCAGAAAAAAAUACUUUAAUUCGUGUGUAUUGUAUUUUUAUCUAAUAAACCACCUUACAUUACAACGCAUGCUGGUGUUGGGUAGUGCGCUACAAAUUGUAAUUACGGUAAAGAACCCCUCCCCUAUCCUGUUGUGUGUGUCGUCAUCUCGCUCUCAGGGAAGGGAAAAUAGGAAAUCUGUCGGGAAGGAAAGGGGAAGCGUAGUGAACAAACCGAGGAACAUACCUAUACUCUAUUCUAGGUUGGUCCUUAAAGAGUACACAAUCCAUGGCGGUUUAGCUAUUCACGUUUAGCGUUAGUUUACACAUGUUUAUGUAAUCUAGGUAAAGCUAUUUGGUGAAUAGUGGAAAUUCGACUUCACUACUCGGUCGUGCAGUGGGGCAAGAACGCCCAGAAUUGGAAUUGCAAACACUUGCUACCGCAGCAGUUGGACAUUUCAGUCUGUUUCGAUAGGCCUGGAUCCCUGUUCAAACGUCUGGGGACUUGCAUGAAAACAACAAAAGAACCACCCGAAAUUGUGUGAAUGGAGCAGUGUGAGAGUGCCGCCUCUCUCCUGGCCUCUGUGCGUGAGCAGGAGCGGCAGUUUGAGCGUCUGACUCGUGCUCUGGAGGAGGAGAGGAGGUGUGGAGGCACCCUCCCGCGCCCUCCCCCCACUCUACAGAAUGGCCGUGUUUCUUGUGAUGCGGACAUAGAGAGGCUCACACUGAACGAGGGAUACGUCAACGGGACACAUUACAGGAUGGAGCCGGGUCACGCCGUUCAGGAGACGUUUACCGUGGAGGAGGACCCUCAGGAAGCUCCCCCCGUCAUCUCCGUGGAAACCAGCGAAGAUGGCACCACGCGCCGCACAGAAACUACGGUAAAGAAGGUAGUGAAGACUACCAUGACUCGUACAGUCAUCCCCUCUGUGUCUGACAACCUCUCCCUGGAUGGAGGGGGGUCUAUGACAGGUAUGGGGGGUUACACCACCCCCAUGGAGCGGGUCUACAGACAGCCAGGGCCUCCCAUGGACUACCCCACCAACACCGUGCCCCGAAACUACCAGUACGGACCCCCGGCGGGGUACGACGACUACCGCCAGGGCCCUCCCUCCAUAGGGGAGACCUACGCCAGCCUGAGCAGGGGAGCACGCAUGGACGACCGCUACAGGCCAGCGGAUGGGUACCGGACCCUGGACUCAGGAUACAGAGCCAUCAGCAGGAACCAGCUGGACCCAUACGCAGCACAGCCACAGGUGGGUCGUAUGGGCAGUGCGUUGGAGCUGUCGGGGAUGCAGAGGUUUGUCGCCGAGCCGUAUGGUCUGGAAGAUGACCAGAGGAGUGUGGGAUAUGACGAGGCAGACUACGGCAUGGGACCGGCCAUCCACUACGGGACAGUACCACGCAACCAGCACGCCUUUAACCACGGACCGCCCCGCAGGACAGGGAGCUAUGAAGGGACUCUGGAUGGAGACAUGAGUGGAGCUGGGGACAUGUACUACUGGGGUGGUGCUCCCCUGGCCCAGGGAGAGAGGGGUAGCAUGGCCUCAUUGGACAGCACCCUGAGGAAAGGCCCCGCCGCCACUUCCUGGAGACAGCCUGAGCUGCCGGAGGUCAUCGCCAUGCUUAACUACAGACUGGACCCUGUCAAGAGCAACGCUGCCGCAUACCUGCAGCACCUCACCUUUAAGAACGACAAGGUGAAGACAGAUGUCCGUCGUAUGAAAGGUAUCCCAUCCCUGGUGUCCAUGUUAGACAACCCUAAGAAGGAGGUUCACCACGCUGCCUGCGGCGCGCUCAAAAACAUCUCUUACGGACGAGACGCUGACAAUAAGAUCGCCAUCAAGAACUGUGAUGGAAUACCGGCCCUGGUCAGACUACUGAGGAAGACCAGAGACCAAGACCUGACCGAUACUAUCACAGGCACGCUGUGGAACCUGUCGUCUCACGACUCGGUGAAGAUGGAGAUCGUUGACCACGCGCUGCACGCCCUCUCAGACGAGGUGAUGGUGCCGCACUCGGGCUGGGAGAGGGCGAAUGAGGGAGGAGGAGAGGAGAACCUCAAACCACGACACCUGGAGUGGGAGACGGCCCUCACCAACACAGCUGGCUGUCUGAGGAACGUGAGCUCAGAGCGCAGUGAGGCCAGGAGGAAGCUGAGAGAGUGCACAGGAUUAGUCGACUCGCUCAUGUACAUCGUCCAAUCACAGAUAAACCUGAAAGACGUGGACAACAAGCUGAUAGAGAACAGUAUGUGUCUGCUGAGGAAUCUGUCCUAUCAGGUGCACCGGGAGGUGCCGGGCGCUGAGCGCUACCAGGAAGCCAUGUCCCUCAACCAGGGCCCCGCCCCCUCCACUGGAAAGACCAACCGCUUCAGCUCCCGCAGGGGCAAAGACGAGUGGUGUUCUAAAGGGAGAAAUAAUGAGGACGGAGCAGGAGAUAUGAUUGACAUUCCAAAGAGGACCACACCUGCCAAAGGUUAUGAGUUGUUGUUCCAGCCAGAGGUGGUGCGUGUCUACACCUCUCUGUUGAAGGAGAGUAAGAACCCCACCGUGCUGGAAGCCUCCGCCGGAGCCGUGCAGAACCUGUGUGCCGGACGCUGGACCUAUGGGCGGUAUAUCCGUGCGUUGUUGCGUCAGGAGAAGGGUCUUCCCAUGAUGACAGAGCUGUUGGCCCAUGGUAACGACCGGGUGGUCAGGGCCAUGUCUGGAGCUCUGAGGAACCUGGCUAUUGACGCACGCAACAGAGACCUGCUGGGUAAACAUGCAGUUCCCCACCUGGUAUCCAACCUGCCUGGUGGGGGUCAGAGCCAGCCUGUGAGGGCUCUGUCAGAGGAGACGGUGGUGUCUGUACUGAGCACCCUUCAUGAGGUACUGGGCUCCAGCCUGGACGCUGCCAAGCUCCUCAGAGCCUCGCAGGGCAUCGAGAGACUGGUGCUCAUCAAUAAGGACAGUAACCGGUCAGAGCGAGAGGUGCGUGGUGCAGGCCUGAUACUCCAGUUAGUUUGGGGCUAUAAGGAGUUGAGGAAGACCCUGGAGAAGGAUGGCUGGAAGAAGACAGACUUCAUGGUGAAUCUCAACCCCCCCAACAACUCCCAGCCCCGGGUCAACGGAGGAUAUGAAGACAGCACGCUGCCGCUCAUAGACAGGGGAGGAGGAAACAGAGAGAGAGACAUGAUUCCACUAAAUGAUAUGGGACCAGAUGCCUACUCCACACUGGACCAGAGGGGGAGGAAGAACACUCUGGACGCAACACUCGAGCCUGCUGACAAAGACACAGCACAGGGAGGGCUGUAUGAGGAGAGGCGGGACUCUGUUCCUCUCAUGGACUCUUAUGACGGUUAGGCCACACCCCCUCACACACUGCAUGUGAGUGCAUGAGAAACUGAUAGUGUGCAUCACUAGAAGAGAGCAGCCUCUUCCAGCCUACUGCCCCUGCUGAACCUCUGGACACAACACUGACUCCACUAGGACUGGACUCUCUCUCCUUCUGUCUCUCUCCCGUUUUCUGACUAUUUUUCUCUCUUUUCUUUCUCUCUCUCUCGCCCCUUCUCUCUUUCUCUCUCCUCUCUCAUUUUCUGACUCACUCUCUUCAUCUCUCUUUUUCCCGCUAUCACUCUCGGGUUCUGUGACAUAAGCCACUUGCAUGACCUCCAGCCUUCCUCACCUCCCUACUCUCUUUCUAUCUCUCUGUCCCUCUCUCCCUAUCUCUCCAUAUCUCUCUCUAUCUCUCUGUCCCUCUCUCCCUAUCUCUCCCUAUCCCUCUGUCUUGCAUUCCUCUCUUUAGACACAGACAGACUUGUAUCCACUAAAGGAACACUAUGGACUCCUGACAUCCUCAUGACAUCCCUUCUACCUGUCAACACUACUAUGACACAAGACCACAUCCUAUUUAGUAACCCCUCCCAUCCACAGUGACACACUAAUGACUCACCUUUGAACUCACCUAGAAGCUCCUCCAACACUACACUAACUCCUCCCACCACAAUACGGACAGUUGUGACUUCAUCUCGGAACUGGGAACGUUCACCACCACAGUAGCAAAGCUAAUCAAAAGGGAACUGUUGGAAUGGGAUUCAAACUGUAACUGAACUUAAACUGACAAACCGCUUUUUUUACUGGAAUGGUUAAAACCACAUUUCUGGAAGUGACCGUGACGAUUUCCAGUCAAGGUUUUUUUCUUGUGAUAACUAAUUACCACUAAACUUCUGCUGUGUUCCAACAAAGAAUCAAUGUUUGUUCUACU